GCUGACUUUACACCAAGCUGCGUGUACACACAUUAAAUGCACUCGUAAUAUUUCUCCCUUGUUCUUAAUGUAUCUGAUUCGCUGAGGAUUUCCGAACCGUGGUGGUAAUAUAUGACUUGAACUAGAUUUUUUUUAUUGGGUUUUAUUUCCCACUGUUUUGCUCUUUGUUUCAUUCCGAGCCUAAUUUAUAUUUUGGUGUAAGAUAGGCGGAUACUUAUACAUGUAAAUAUUGUAUGUGCGUGCGUGCGUGCGUGUAUGCAAUGUAUGAAUAGAUAACUGUAGAUUCUUUCUGUGCCUGUGUGUGUAUUCCUGCUUUAUCAACAUAACGUUAAACUCACGACUGACAGAAGUAAAAAUAUAUAUAUAUAGAUAUAUAUAUAUACAUAUAUGUAAAAUACGAGCAACAACAUAAUUCUAAAGAGUAGAUUUUUUUUAUAUUACGUCACGUCUUCUGCCAGACUCAUUCGAGACAGUAUAAAAGCUCGGUGUCAUUACCAUUUUAUUUAAAAUCUAACCAAAACCUGUUUCUACUUAUAUUGGCUCGUCAACAAGCAAUGCCACAUACGUUUGUAAAGUUGCAUUUUCUUUCUUUUACAAUUGCUCCUUGUUGCGUGCCUUGACUUCUAAAAUUUUCACACUGGAACUUAUCACGAACAUAUAUAUAUAUACAUCAAGAAGAAUUUCAUGUUAAAAUCCUAUUCUGUACGCUAAAGUUUAACUGUAGCAUAGCUUAUCAGUUCCCUGCAUGUGUAUAAUGUAUGUAAAUUUAACGAGAUAGUAAACCUACUCACAAUUUUCUCCGUCGCUGACGUAAAUUGUGAUUUGAAGCUAUCUUGUUUAUCUGUUCUCUAAGCGAUGGAAUCGUCGGCAUUGUUAUGUAAAGACGACCUCUGCUAUUGGAGAGCAGACUUGCCGAGGAUUACAGGUGAUCAUUACCAACUAGAAGACGGACAGCAGCUUCAGGGUCUUUUGCCUAUCACAGUUAAUACUUCUAGUAAUAUGCUGUGAUUUUGCUGCUCGUCAUUUUUGUCUUUAGUUUUACAAUACAGUUGUCUUUCUCUACCAGAACAGGCAACACAGUCACUAAACGUAUUAUUAUCCCUUUAUAAACAUAUAUACCUACACCUUCCUUUUUUUAUAUAUACAUAUAAACAUACAAACACCUAUUCUUACAUACAGACAAAUAUCUGACACCUUGAAGACCUGUCCUUUCUUUACAAAGGAUCGGUCGUUGCUGAAAUGGUGUCUUUUAUGAGUAAAAAGAAACGUUAUAAGUUCAACGUGAAUUUUACACUGGACGAACUUUCUUCCGUGCCAUUUGUCAGCGGAAUUUUGUUUGCUAAAGUGCGGCUACUCGAUGGAGGAAAUUACACACAUUUGUCGUCAAGAGUUGAACUUGCAAAUAACUGUGUAAAAUGGGGUUGCCAAUUUUGUUUCCUCUGCAAGAUGACAGCAAAUGCCUCGAAUGUAGUAUUGGAACCUUGUAUAUGCAGAGUAUCAAUACGGAAGGAGCUAAAAGGAGGACGAUCAUAUCAAAAGCUUGGUUUUGCAGACAUCAACCUAUCAGAAUUUGCAGGAGCUGGUAUCCUGUCUAGAAAAUACCUUCUGAAUGGUUAUGACUAUAAGAAUCGGCAAGAUAAUUCCACAUUAAAAGUGACUAUUGAAAUGACAUUACUCUCUGGUGAUCCAGUUUUCAAAGUGGAAAAACUUCCUCAGUCAGUUACAUUUUCAGCAGACUUGAGAGCUGACCAUGGCAUUGAAAAUAAAGUGGACAGUAGUGAAGGAAGCCUUGCUUCGAACAGUAGUGGUUUUGGUAGUUUACCUAGAAAAGACAAACCGAACAUUGCUCCACUUGAGGUUCCUCCUAUUUUAACUGAUCCAGAAGGAGCCCGUGAUGUCGAUUUUGAGAAGAGCCAUUCCCGAAAUUCUAGCUAUGCCAGUCAACAUUCGCGAGGUUCCGGAUAUGGAUCUCUUGGUCAUAGUCGGCAGUCAAGUUUAAGUAAUGAUAUUCACGGACAUACUAGAUUGUAUGUCAGAAGUCCGAGUGCAGGAUCUGCUUUGAAUGAUUCUGGAAAAAUAGAAAGAAGACGUAAACUUGAAGACCCAAUUGAACGUCGAGUAGAUUCAACAAGAGUUGAUGCUGAAGACCUUGUAGAAGAACUUAUAAAAGGAACAGAUCUACGCCUUGAUGACAGUGAAGAACGAUCUGGGCUUCAAUUGUUUAUUGAUACAGAUGGAAAGACUGCCUUGCGUUGAAAAUGAUGAUGGUGAUUUUGCAUCGAUACGAUCCAAUUGCCUUCUUGGGGAUUUGUAAAUGGGUCUCUUUUGGUGGGAAUAUUGGGAUUUCUGCAGCAGUUGCUUCCUGGUUGUCUUUUGAUAUUUAAACCUAUCACCACAAUGCUGGUCAUGUGGAGAAAACCUUUCUGUUCUUCAAAACUUCUGAACUAUUGUCCUACCUUUAGACUUUGCCUGUCAGUCUAUCUAUCAAUUUGUUUCCAAUGCAAAUUUUUUUUUUGUCUGUAAAAUUUCAAACACAGAUAAAUGUGGUAGAAAGUUAAAAAUAAUCCCUUUGUAGAGACAACUUUAACUAGAUUUCCCAUGGCUCCUCUGGAAAGUAAACAUAGACUAUGAAAAUUUAAGUUCGGUCUACUUCUCUAUCUCUUCCCUCCUCUUUCUGUCUCAUGUCUAUCUGUUUCUUACUGUCUUUUUCUGUCCAUGCUAUCUUUUUCUCUCUAGCCUGAUCAGUCUUUUCCUUUCACUCCCUUUCCAUAUAUCUCCCUAUCACCCUCAGUAUCUAUAUAUUCUGCUCUGUAGUUAUAUUUCUCUCUCAUUAUAUAUUCCCCAUCACUCUCUAUCUUUCUGCCUGUUCAUCUACUUAUCCUAUUCAGCUAUCUAUCUGUUCAUCUAUCAGUUAAUCUAUCCCUAUUAAUCUUUGUCUAAAUCUCUUCAUUUUUAUAUUCACCUCUAGCCAUCUCUCAAUCCAACUACAUGCGUGUGCUUGUGCACACACACAUACACACACACACACAUCAUACAUCACACCUUACAGUGAUUUAAAGCUGUAUGUCUUAUUAGAUUGCUGAAAUAUCACUCCACCUUUUAUUUUUUGAUAUAGAAUAACUCUCAACUUUAGAUGUUAUAGUGCCUAUACUUCUUUUUCUUCAUAUCACCUACCAUCACAUUCUGAAUGGUUAGCUGCUCAAUCCCAUUUCAGCGAAAUCUUACAUGCAAGCCAUUCCCAUGGGAAGUCUGUUAUCUGCUUUUCUCUCUUUCAUAUUAUCUUUGUCAUAACUCUACCUCCAAUCUUAUGAAAUGCAUUGGUACUUUUAUUAUAAAAUUUCCUUUCAAUAGAAUACUUGAUAAAGAAAAAAAAAUCAAUAUGCAAGAAGAAAAAAAGAGUAUACUGAUUUAUUUACAAUUGUGUAUAUAUUUUUUUUAAAAAUCUUUUUUAACAUUUUUCUUUAUAAACCCCAUUACUUAUUUGAUAUUAUUUAAGGGAUACUGUGGAAACAGACAAAUGUUUUGAGGCAUAUCUAUGCCUAUAAUGAAGGUCUUGUCAUAAGAUCUGUUUUUCCAUUAUUUUUUUUCCUUUUUAUUUUUUAAACUUGAAAAAAAUUUUUAUUUUGGUACAGUAGCUGUAGAUAUUAGAAGUACUAGACUGAGGUAUUUAAAGACAUUUACUCCAUACCAGUUUUCUUACAUGCUGUGUAUCAUCACUGCUGUUGGAUUAAUCUUGUGGUAGUAAUUGAACUUAUCAAUUCUGAGUUUAAAAAAAAAAAAUUAUUUUAUCUUUUUUUUCCUCAAAUUUAAAUAUCUCGUCUCGAAAUCAUAUGUUAGAACAACAAUAGCCUCCUAACCUGUGAUUUACAGAAAAAAAAAUGUUUUAUUUUAAUAAAAAGCAAUCAGUUAC